AUGUGUAGUUGUGCGGAUCCAGAUCUGUGCUGCUCUGGAGUGAAUAACUCCUGUCACCGCUUGAACUGUUUUUGUGACGUUGCUUGUCUGAGAAUUGGCGACUGCUGCCCUGAUUUCAAACCCACCUGCCUCACAGUCAAUAACAGCUCCAACGGCACUAAACCAAACAACACUUUGACACUGACAGGAAAGUGUUCACAGCCGACUCUGUGCUGCAGUGGCCUAAACUACGACUGUUUCAGAGGCUGUUUUUGUGACGAGGUCUGUAAACAGUUCAAUGACUGCUGUCCCGACCUCAACAGCACCUGCAUUUUUAAUAAUACCCAAACUGCAGCUCCACCAGUCAACUCCACAGCUCCACCCACAGAUGUUCUCACAUUACUCACUAAUCUGGACGUGGAGAUUUUGGCGGAGGAGUCGUCCACUGAAGAGGAGCGUCAGGCUGCACUGCGUCAGGUUGGCGCUUUAGUGGAGAGUUACUUAAGACAGUAUAAUGACAUCUACUCUUUUGAGGUCACGAGAAUUGAGCCGGUAUCAUCAUCAUCAUCACCAUGUGAUUGAGUCACAAAUCAGCUGAGAGGAUCAGAUAUGAAUAAAUCCUUAUCAAAAGACUUAUACAUUAAAAAUAUUUUAAUCUU